AUGACACAGCCCAAUGUCAGAGUUGUUUUAACACCGUCGUUUGCACCGUACAAAGUUGUCAUUUUGUCAUUGAUCGCUGCAUAUUGUGCUGGUGUAUUACCAAAGAAAACUCAUAGACCAUUACUUGCAACUAUUGUGAAAUAUAUUGAAGGUCCUCAAUCACUGGUUGAUACCGACAAUGGUGGUGCUUCGGCUAAUCCCCCUUCACUUGAUGGAAUUAUUGCUUCAAUUAGGCAAACAUGUCUUCAAACAGAUCCAGAAGAAGGUGUUAAUUACGCUGAUGAUAUAGAGAAAAGAUUACUACAUGCAUUAUGGUCAUUGAAGUCUGUUGAUUCACUUCAUGCGUUUGUUGAUCGUUCAAAAUCACUAUUAGUGAAUAAUUAUAGACAUGGAAGAGAAAUUAUAGAAAAACUGUCCUCAAGCUCUUUACCUGAUUAUUUAUUAACAAGGUCAAGUUUUCUAGGCCAAUUUGUCACUCAGUGUGUUGCUUCAUUCUACAGUGGUGAAUUUGGUGAUAUAGAAUUAGUAUGGAAUUCAUUUGUUACAUUUAGAGGUGCUAGUAAAUCUGAAUGGGCCAAAAAAUAUUCGAAAAGAAUACCAGAUAUAAGUGAUACAUUUGGUUCUACGGAAAAUACAGAUGAUUUUAGCGUUUUCGCCAAAGCGCUUCAAAGCUUACCUUUUGAAAAUGAAGAAACAAAAGAAGAAUAUAGACUGAUAUCCAAGGAGGAUCUAGAAAAACUUGUAAAUCAUCAGAUACAUUUGUUAGAAAAUUAUGGUGCCAUAACUUCAACAGAAUUAAGACAAACUUUAAAAUUGAUGACUCAAUCAGAGGCAAGCAGAGUUCCCUCAAUUUAUUAUAUUGAAUAUCUAGAAUGCUUGAAUGAAGCAAAUUAUGAAGGUGCAUUCAAUGCUUUACACCGUUAUUUUGACUAUAUGAUGAGUAACAGACAAACAAUUUUUUACCAUUACGCUUUAUUAUGCUUAGCAACCCUACAUGCAUCUUUCAAUUGUGAUUCAGAGGCAAUUAGAGCUAUAGAGGAAUCCAUUGAUGUUGCUAGAGAGAAUAAUGAUUCUUCUUGUUUACACUUUUUGUUAUCUUGGCUUUACAACUUUAUGAAAGAUCGUCCUAAUUUAAAACAUGACUUUUAUGUUUCAGCUGAUCAGUUGUUACAAUAUCUAAAAGCAAAUGCUACAGAUGCACCUUCAUUUUCUUAUUCCACUGCUUAUCAAUCAGAAACUACACAAAUAAUGCUUGAAGGUGGUUCAAUAAAUUCUGCACUUGAGUCACUUACUAAAUCAGCAUAUUUAUCAUUAACGGAAAAUGAUAACGCAACUUCUUUUACAAGUCAUUGUGCGUUAGCUAGUUCAUUGUGGUUCAGAACUGGGAAUUUUGACUUAGCAAAAGUUUACAGUGAUAUACCUGUUGGUUUAAGUGCUAGUGUUUCUCAAAAAGUUUUCCUAAAUAUAAGGAAGGCUUAUUUUGAAUUUGACAAUAAUAACAUUGAUGAAGCUUUUAAAAUUCUAGAUGACCAAAAACCGUUUGCAGCUGUUGAUAUCCGCUUACAGAAAGACUUAGUUGGUCACAAGUUGUUAUUACUUACUGAACAAUGUAUCAGAAGUUCUCGUUAUAAAAUGGGUGAACUUUACUUGAGCAGACUUUUAUCUCAAGACCAUACUGAUAUAGAUAUCACUGGUCAAACUCACUAUCUAGAAAUAUUAUUAGAAUUGAAAAAGGGGAACGCUCAUAAAGCAUAUAAAAAAGUAUCACAUCAUUUAUCAACUUUUGCUAAAAAACCAAACAACAAAUACUGGUUUAUUACAUUCACCCUCUUGAAUUGUCAAAUUUUAUGUGAAGGUCCAGUACCUACAAGAGCUUUAUCUAUAGUCAUCAAAUGUCUUCAAUCUUCCCUACGCUCUGGGUUUACUAUUUUGUUGUUAAGAGGAGUUAAAAUACUUUGUCAAAUACUUCAACACUUGGAUCAAGAUCAAGAUGUUUACAAUAUUCUUUUAGACUGUGCACCAUUUUUUGAACAAGUUCCAAAUCAUGAAAUUGGUCUUAAAUCACAUCAACUUCUUGCUAAAUCAUUAAUUGCACUUUAUGAUGGAAAUAAUUUACUUAAACAACAACGUAUUGACCAAAUAACAUUAAUAAUAAGCCACAUUGAAAGAUCAAUUGAUGGAUUCAAAAAAAUGUCAAUGUUUGAAGAAGUUAAAAGAUCUCUAGAGUUACAAGUUACUUUAGGAAAGAAAAUAAACCAUGAAGAUCUCAUAAAGCAUGCUGAAAAAUCACUACAAACUGCAGAUGAAAGAAUUAUUCAAGAGAUGGCUGUACAGGAUUAA